AUGGACCCACAUAAGGUCCCUCAUGUUAUCCAGUAUUGUUCGCAGUAUUGGGUCUCUCAUUUGACAGAAGCAGCAAGCAAAUUAUUCAAAACUGGAGAUAACAAGAGAAUUCUUGAUUUUCUCCAUGAGUAUCUUUUACAUUGGGUUGAGACUCUUGCCAUCAUCGGAAGAAUCGAUGAUGCGGUCAAUGGACUUGCAAAUUUGAAGAUUCUCGCAUCGAGUUUGGAGCAGUCAGAUCUUGAAAGCUUCGUCAAGGACGCUCAUCGCUUUAUUCUUUAUCAUCGACCGACUAUUGAAGAAGCACCUCUCCAGGUUUACUACAUGGCAGCCAUUUUCACACCCACAAAUAGCCUUAUGAAAAAGGAAUUCUCGAGCCACUUCCCGGCGUGGCUGCGUAAAUCCCCUAUCAUGGAGCGUGAUUGGGACUCGCAAGAACAGAGUUUCGCAUCUGACGGCCAUAUUCAUACUGUCGCGGUAUCAAAUGACGAGAAAUUGGCAGCGGCUUUUACCAAGUACGGAAUCCACGUCUGGAAUUUGGUGACUGGCAAAUUAGAACAUGUUAUGAAUCAAAGAAGCUUCAGUCAAGCCGGGAAUUAUCUCAGGUUCUCUCCAGCUGGAACUGAACUUGCAUUAGGAGGACCACUGAUCAAAGUCCGUGACAUCGAAAAUGACAAAGAACACGAUAUUCGAUGUUUUGCCACAUGUCCUUCGCAUGGACAAAUUCUCUGGUCUACUUUCACUCAACGUCGAUGGAACAAAGGUUCUUUUGAACAUUCGGCCCCUAAAGGUUAUAUUCACAUUUUGGAUCUUGUGAAAGAAGAUGUAGCUUCGCUUUCCAAAUAUGGGACAUACUGGAAGCUUGACAGCAGCCAUGGCCUUGUAUUCCAGGGAAUUUCACAUCAAAUGGACGGGGAAAAAGACGGCAUUGAAUGGAAAGGAAAGCAAGGGCUAUGGAUAUGGAGCCUGAUGACUGAGAUACCACAUCUUACAAAAGGCACCGUUGUCCCUACAAGCUUAGGAAGGUGGGACACUGUAGCAGUGGCCGUUUCCUCGAGUGGAACAAGAAUUGCCAUUAUUGACAAAUUUGGAGGACGUGAUCCUAGUACUCUUGAGUCCCAUCAUAUCAAAUAUUGUGAGCUUCUCAUCGAGAUUUGGGAGCUCUGUGAAGAUAGUACACCGUGGCAUCUCCACCAGACUGCGAGACAUGCCACGAAUUUUGGAAUUGCACUAAUCAACUCGAAUAUGACACCCAGUCUCGGUGCUGAAUUCUCCGCUGACGGAACACGGGUCAUGAUUUGCUCGAGACACCUUAAUAUUGAUGACCCCGACCUACCAACUUCUUGGACUGGUUCCGUUAUAGUUUGGUGCGUGGAAACUGGGGAAAUUGAACUUGAAACUUACUUAUCUGAGGAACUCCUUUGUGCAACUCUGUCUCAUCAUUCCAAGAUGUUGGCCAUCGGCUUUGAUACAGGGGUGGAUGUAUUGGAGAACAAUCGUGGCCAAACUAAGAAGCUUUCGUUCAAACAUGAUGGGAGACCAGCUUGCAUCGCAUUUUCAACCCAAGAUACCAGAAUAGCAGUUGGAUGGGAUGUCGGGGAGGUCUCUAUCCGUGUGAUAUCUACGGGCGAGACUCAGUGGAUAUUAAAAGGCCGACCAUUUCUGGUCCGACACUUGCAAUUCUCCUCCGAUGACUCCUGGGUAGAAGAGCCCUUCUAUACACUCGACGGCUCAGGGGAAUGGAUCCUCCAUGACAACAAAAAGAUACUGGCGCUCCCACGCAAAUUUCAGGGCGAUAACUCCGAGUCCAAUUUCACAGACUUGCGAGAGGAUUACAAGGGCAAUACUAUUGCAUUUGUCUUUAAGGAGCUCCACCUUGUGGCCUUUAUGUUCAAUGGUAUUCCCAACCUCUGA